AAACGCACGUCCGUUCGUCCUCCCUUUCCUUUCCUUUCCUUUCCUUUUUCUCUCUCUUCUGUGAUUCCCAAAACCGAUCCUCCACUCCACUCCACUACUACUCCACUGUUUCCAAAUUAUUAUAUAUAUAUAUAUUUAUUUGUUUAUAAUUUUCGGUCUAUCGUUUGCAAUUUCUGUGGUCUCAGAAUCAAUCGAAACCCUAGCAGAAGAAGAAGAAGAAGAAGAAGAGCCUUUGGUCUUCUGUCUCGGAAGGGAGAAGAUAUUAGGGUUAAGGAGUCAUGGCUGAGUCCACCGCCCCCGGUAGCUUCCGCUUCUUGUGUGCUAUUAUUGUGGUGAUAUCAGCAGUGGCUUCGAGAGCCAGCGCCAAUUCGGAAGGGGAUGCGUUGUACGCGCUGCGCCGGAGCUUGUCGGAUCCGGGCAACGUGCUCCAGAGCUGGGAUCCCAAUCUCGUCAACCCUUGCACCUGGUUCCACAUCACUUGCAAUCAAGCUAAUCGUGUCACUCGCCUGGACUUGGGCAAUUCAAACUUGGCUGGUCGUCUUGUUCCUGAACUUGGGAAGCUUGAGCAUCUGCAAUAUUUGGAACUUUACAAAAAUAAUAUCCAAGGUACCAUACCUGUUGAGCUUGGUAACUUGAAGAGCCUAAUUAGCUUGGAUUUGUACAACAACAACAUAUCUGGGGUCAUUCCUCCUUCACUAGGCAAGCUGAAAUCUCUAGUAUUCUUGCGUCUUAAUGAUAAUCAGUUAACUGGACCAAUCCCAAGAGAACUCGUUGGUAUUUCCAGCCUGAAAGUUGUAGAUGUCUCAAACAACAACUUGUGCGGAACUAUUCCUACUACAGGUCCAUUUGAGCACAUUCCAUUGAGCAACUUUGAGAACAACCCUCGGCUGGAAGGUCCAGAGUUGCUAGGACUUGCAAGUUACGAUACAAAUUGCUCAUGAAAAGCGGGUAUCAGAUGCAGCAACUUGCAACUGCCCGACCGCCGUUAGUUUGGUGUUUUACUUCCCUCAAAAUGUUGGUGUCUGUGUACUUACAUUGUCUGGAGAUGCAAGGUCUUAAGAAAUAUGUUAUCGGCUAGGUUGCAGCAGCAGUUUACCACCAUAAGUCUGUAAAAUCAUUAUGCUGUUUAACUGUUAAAACUGUUUUGGGGGGUGUAUUGUAAUUGUAGUUACGUGGAUUUAAGGAAUUUGCAAUUAUGACAUUUGGAACUUUGAGUUAA